UUAUAAUAAGUGUGUGCGCGAGGGAAAAGCGCGUUCACGUCGCAACGGAUAUUCUCAACUGUGUGUGUGUGUGUGCUCGUUUUCCAGACUGGGGGGACUGCAGCUUUUAGUGCAAAAGAAGAAGAAGUGAACAGGACAGAGUGAGAGACAGAAGAGAAGAGAAGAGAGAGAGAGUUGGAGGUGUAAAGCGCAGGCCUCAACACAAACACACUGCUGCUGCUUGGACACACUCACACACACACACACACACGGGAGUUUAAAGACAGACAUGGCCAACAUCGCCGUGCAGAGAAUCAAACGGGAGUUUAAAGAAGUACUCAAAAGCGAAGAGACGAGUAAAAAUCAGAUUAAGGUGGACCUGGUGGAUGAAAACUUCACCGAAUUAAAAGGGGAGAUCGCAGGACCUCCAGACACGCCAUACGAAGGUGGCAGGUAUCAACUCGAAAUCAAGAUCCCAGAGACGUAUCCCUUUAAUCCACCAAAGGUGCGGUUUAUUACUAAGAUCUGGCAUCCCAAUAUAAGUUCAGUUACUGGAGCAAUAUGUUUGGACAUUCUCAAAGACCAGUGGGCCGCAGCGAUGACUCUGCGCACGGUUUUGCUCUCACUCCAGGCUUUGCUAGCCGCAGCCGAGCCCGAUGAUCCUCAGGAUGCUGUCGUAGCCAAUCAGUAUAAACAGAAUCCUGAGAUGUUCAAACAGACCGCUCGGCUCUGGUCUCAUGUUUACGCCGGCGCGCCCGUCUCUAGUCCCGAAUACACACGCAAAAUAGACAAACUCUGUGCCAUGGGCUUUGACAAAAACGCAGUAAUAGUAGCUUUGUCUUCGAAGUCGUGGGACGUGGAGACGGCAACAGAACUUUUGCUCAGCAACUGAGACGUCACACAUCAUCUUUAGGCCACAAUUUCACAAUUCACUUUUCCUCCCCCAUCUAAGCGCAUGUAUUGAGAUCAGCUCCGUGUAAACAGAACAAAGACUGGCCUGGUCCAAUCCAGGUUUUAAAAAUCUGCUCCAAAAAUCGAGUGUGCACACAUCAUGGGGGAUCACCAGUAAGAGACGACUUAGAAUACCACAGCUAAUGCAAAUCACACAAAUUUCUCACUAGCUCGAGCCAAAUUACGCAGUGAAGCAAGAAAGCGUCUCGUCACGAACUGAUUUCGACCCUGCCGCCGUACAACUGUGCAGUUGUUGCUGUUUAAACAGUCUUUUUAAAAGCCAUACGAUGGCAUCUUCCACUUUUCUCUUAUGCCUGUGGUCCAUUUUCUGAAAAGAAACCAAAAUGAAGGGAAGCCUGUACGACUGACUGCCACUUUAGAUGCUCCAAAAGAAAAAGGAAAAAAAAAAAAAAAAAAAAAACAGUUGCUUGCAUGGGUAAAAGAAGGAUUGUGUGUGUAUACAUAGGUAUAUUAAAAGGUGUGUGAACAUUCAUGGGGAGGAAGUGAUAGUUUUUCUAAGUGUACAUUGCGGGGGGAAAGUUCUGCCAAGUUGCUAAGAAGAAGAAAGUUGAUUAGGAUCAAGCAUCCUUUACUGUUUGCAUAAAACUUAAACAUUUACACAUAAACCUGAUGUUGAUAAUUGGCCAGAUGAUAUGGUGUAAUAUAGAACAUUUGAUUAGAUUUUUGGUGUAUGGUUGAAUAUUUUUUCCAGUCUUGGAAUGAAGAGGAAUAAAAUGAUUUUUAAUUUGUUGAGCCUUA